AAGGAAAAAAAACAACUAAUCCUUAAAAAAAAAUUCUUAAUUAAAGAAAAACAGAAGUCCAAACUAAACUUGUCUACGAUUUUUCGUUAGCGAGUUAUAGUCAUUUAAAGUUAGCGCGUGACGUCAUAGAAUCUAAUCUUGCUGCGGCCGCAGUACGUACGUACGUCGCGCGUCGUACAUAUUAUUAUUUCGCAUAAUAUUAUUACAUAUUAUUAUUUUGGGUUUGAUAUUUUUGUGUACAAAAAUAAUUACGUGCUAUAUAAUAUUUAUUUUUAUUUUUAGUUCUAACUGAUAAAACGGGAUUUUUGUCGUUUUUUUCUAUUACUGGAUUAGUAUUUAUUAUUUUAGUAUUGUUCUGUGUUUCUUUGAGUGUACUUGAAAAUAAAUUACGAUUGUGGUUAACUUAUCAAUAUGACCUCACCAUAUAAAUUUGAACCAACGAAAUUAGAUUUCUGCGAUGACUAUGAUUCUUUCAAUUCUAAUCAUAAUGAAUUUAGCCAAUGCUUUGGUAGAUCAUUGCUUCAAAUAAAUAAUUGGUGUGAUUGUCAAAAAUGCACAAUAUUACCAACGGAUCGCGAGUGUAUUUGCUGUUCGGAAAUAGACAUUUUAAAUAAAUUACGUGGUAUAUAUAAAUGUGUGAUAGAAAACCCAUCGUUUUCGAAAUUAAUAUUGGACGAAGAAGUUAUUGAAAUUACUCGAAAACAAAUCAUUUCCAAAACAAAAAAUAAGGGAAAAAAGAAGUUAUUGUGCAAUACUAUCCUGGAAAAUAAAACGAGAAGAUAUUUGUGCUACAAACAAUUUGUUUUCUGGGCAAAUGAAUGGACACCUAUAGGAAAAGGAAAUCGAGUUGUAAUUCCAGCGUGUGUAAUAAAUGUAAUUCGUACAAAGUAUGCCGAAGAAGAUGGACAAUACACUGGUUUUAAAAACUCAAAAAUACCAUAUUAAAAAUAAAUUAAAAUUGCAUAUAAUCUGUAAUUAUUUAUAUUUUAUUUAUGAAAGUUAAAGAAUAGUUUGAUAGGUUUGAAUACC